UCACAAGCAGUUUGAUUUUUCCAUACGUCUGUUUUAUUUUUCAGAUCCUAGAUCUACGAUGUAUGAGUAGGUUACGACCACGAAAGAGAAAAAGAGAGAGAGAUCAGCUUCGUUGUUUCCGCUUGUGCGGUUUGGGAAGAUGAGCUGGCCAGGGGAAGAUCCGGCAAUGCUGCACAGGAGUCACCCUACUCCCGAUGAGGGCCAGGGUGGCAUGCCUGCUACGCUGGAGGAGGCCGAGUGGUACUGGGGCAACAUUUCGCGUGAGGAUGCCACUAUGAAGCUGAAGGACACUCCAGAUGGCGCCUUUCUCGUUCGUGAUGCUUCCCGUGUGCCCGGCGAAUACACGUUGACAUUACGGAAAGGAGGAGUCAACAAGCGUAUCCGAAUUUUGCACAAGGAUGGAAAGUAUGGCUUUGCUGAGCCCAUGACAUUCUCUUCAGUGAUGGAACUCGUUGAAAACUACCGCCAACACUCACUGGCUCAUUACAAUCCUAAGCUCGACGUCAGACUGCUAUACGCGAUCUCUCGCUUCAUGCAGAAGGAUGGUGAUGACGACGAGGAAGGCAAGGAAAACCUUAUCCAGAAGCUGAUGAGAACAAAUGAGGAGCUUGAUGAGACGAGUCGGCAGUACAACAAACUCAGCCAAGAGUUCACCACGGCAUCGGCGAAUGCCCAACAGUUUAGGCUGAAGUUGAACGGUAUCUCACAGAUUGUCGACAUUCUCCUGGAGCAGAUCAAGCUGAGUGAGCAGGUGCAGGCACAGCAGCAUGAUCGGACGGACAAGAUGAAACUCACUCAAAAUGGGCAGCUCAUCAAGACGAAAGUCAGCCAGCUCCGCCAAACCAGCCUCGAGUUCAAGGGACGCUUGGAGAAGGCAACUCACGACAGUAAAUGCCUCGACCGUCAAAUGAACAACGUCAAGCCUGAAAUCAUGCGACUGGAGCGCGCACAGCGACAGCUCAUGAUGUUCUUGAAUCAGAAGGGCUUAUCCAGCGAAGAAAUCCACACCCGUCUGGCCCAGCAGCGCGAGGCAUCUCGAUCACAGGAGGAAGACUCCGGUGGUUACGAUGAUCGGUCUGAGAAGGCACACUCCGUCUUCGAGGAUCUCUAUCUCUCGCGGAACGAGGUGGAAAAGAUCCGACUUCAGGCCCAAGCUAGCCAACCACAGCGGCAGGCCCAUAGAAAACCCCACGAAGACAUGAAUACUUGGUUUGUCGGUGGUAUCUCGAGACAAGAGUCGGCCAAGAUGCUUCAGGGCAAGCGGGACGGCACGUUCCUUAUUCGUUCUCGUGUGCCCAAACAAGGAGAACUUCACACUCACAGUGUCGACAUCUACUUCAAGGCACUCAAGCACAUCAAGAUCUUCCACGAUCAGAACGGGUAUUUCUUCUCCAGUCCGUUCUCUUUUCCAACCCUUAUGGAUCUAGUUCUUCACUACAGCGAGGAGUCACUUCUCGAGCACAAUCCAAAUCUGCCGACCACACUCGCUUAUCCACUGUACGCACAGUACUAAGAUGUUAGCCAAUAGCAGUACUAGUAUGUUCCAGUACGGCUGUGUGGGUGUCGGCGAGAGUGUGUGUGUGGGUAUUUGCGUGUGUAUGGUGUGUGUGUGUGUGUGUGUGUGGUGUGAGUGUGUGGUGUGUGCACGGUACGUGGUGUGCAUGCAUUAACACGUUUUACUCUUGUAGCGCACAGCUUGUAGUGUAGUUGUACGCACAACAUGGCUACCUGGUUGUAACCGCUACAGUCAUACUAGUGUUCUUGAUUCCUUUCUUUAGUUGCGGCUUUGCUUCCGCUUCUGUUCAAUUAGUUCUUCUUGUAUAUUCUUCUAACAAACACUUCAUUGUUCGUUUCAGAAUAAGAGUAGCUUUGGAUGAUUACUA